CGUCAAAUCAAAAUGAAGUUGAACCUCAGCUGAGCGGAAGCUGAGUGUUAUUACGUAGAUGCGCAAAUAAAUUCAAUACGAAAAACAUGUUUCGUAAUUCGAUAAAAUCAUGUUUGGUCAGCCGAAAUCCAGAAUUUCAGAGAUGCAAGCACACGGCGAAGCUGGAGGCAAUAAGAGAGAAGCUCCGUGAGGGACCAGGGCUGUCGGAUUUCAUAGCGGAGGACAGACCGAAGGACUGGGACGAGUAUGAAGGGAAACUGAAACGGGAGAAGGGAGAGCAGGAGCGUUUGAGGCUUCCACCGUGGUUGAAGACCUCCAUACCAACAGGGUCAAAGUUCAACGAGGUGAAGGAGCAACUGCGUAGCCUGAAGCUGAGUACAGUGUGCGAGGAGGCCCGCUGUCCAAACAUCGGGGAAUGUUGGAGCGGGGGCAAGCAGGGCAUGUCUACUGCUACAAUUAUGCUCAUGGGUGACACAUGUACGCGAGGCUGUAUGUUCUGCUCAGUGAAAACGUCGCGCGCCCCGCCGGCGCUGGACCCGCUGGAGCCGCGCAACACGGCCACCGCCGUCGCGCAGUGGGGCCUCGGGUACAUCGUGCUGACCUCAGUCGAUAGAGACGAUUUGCCGGAUGGAGGAUCAGCUCAUUUCGCAGAAACAGUUAGGGAAAUAAAAAGACAGAACAAGGAGAUACUUGUAGAAUGCCUAGUGCCCGACUUCAGAGGGAAUCGCGACUGUAUCGACACCAUAGCCAACUGCGGUCUGGACGUGUUCGCGCACAACAUUGAGACCGUGGAGCGACUGACGCCUUUCGUCCGGGACCGGAGGGCGGGGUACCGGCAAACGCUGAAAGUGCUAGAAACGGCCAAGGAAAUGAACCCGGAUCUUGUUACAAAGACGUCCAUCAUGCUGGGCCUCGGCGAGACAGAUGAGCAAGUCGAGCAGACCAUGAAAGACCUUCGCUCCGUUGGCGUAGACUGCCUCACUCUCGGCCAAUACAUGCAGCCAACCAAGCGCCACCUCAAAGUGUUCGAAUACGUGACCCCCGCCAAAUUCAAGCACUGGGAACGCAGAGGCAACGAACUAGGGUUCCUUUAUACGGCCAGUGGGCCACUGGUUAGAUCCUCAUACAGAGCUGGCGAGUUCUUUAUCAGUAGCCUGUUGAAAGACAGGAAGGCGAAGAGCUUGUGACCUGAAGACGAAGCUAAAGGGGUAUUCAGACGCGACUGACGAAAUCAGUCGAUUUGUUCAGGAAAAUAAUUGGUCAAUUUCAUCUAGCGUCCACACGUACACAAAUUAGAUCACCAAUUUGACUUCUACUAUGAAAAUUGGCAUUUUUGUGUCCGCACCUGCUGAUGUGAUCGGGGAAUCAAAUUGGUAUUUGCGUCCGCGCGGCCCUGUUCGAUCGGAAAAUUUCAUCAGAUUGGCGAAAAAUUGUCUCGUCUGGAUACAACUUAACAAAUCAUUUUAAUACUAGUUAAGUAGCUCGGUGAGCUGUAGACCUCGCGUUAGGGUUAGAAAAUGUAAUAGUGAAAAAUACUUUUUUUUUAUAUGAUAGUCAGCAAACGAGCAGACGAGCCGUCUGAUGGGCUCAUAGUCAUACUUGGUUGAGUCGUCACAGUGAACUCCAUUGCAGCGCCUUUGUAGAUGCUAUUGGCACUUAAUUCCGUAUUUUGACAAAUUUAAAAUCUGGAUCGAAAAAACAGCUAUUUAAUCGGAGAAUCUGGUCACAAGAUUUUACGAACAUCGGUUGAGAAUUGCGACCUGUAGAGGAGAACAUCCGGACAUACAAAAACAAAAUGCUCGAGUUAUAACGGAGACCUUCGCUAACACCACAGUCAUUGAUCAUUUCAGAAUUUAAAACUGAAGUUACUGCUACUGUAGGGCCCAACCGAAUCCAUAUGAUUGUAUAAUGUAGUAUGUACAUCAGUUUUUAACGUUUUAUUUCGAAUUAACCAGAUAUAUAUGAGAAAAAAAUCAUUUCAAUUGCUUUGUUUAAUGUUUAUACUAUGAGCGGUAUUGUUGUGAUACAACUAGAAGGAGAACCAUGAAAAUAAAAUAACUAAUUCAUAAAAAAGUAUCGAAUACAUAUAUAAGCGGUAUUGUUGUGAUACAACUAGAAGGAGAACCAUGAAAAUAAAAUAACUAAUUCAUAAAAAAGUAUCGAAUAUAUACCAGUAGGAUGAUUUUCAUAUGAAUACGAAGUUCCUUUUACCACUUUGUAGUUACAACCUUCGUUUAAAAAAUAUUCUACAUGGAUAUUGAACAAUCGGGUGGAUUAAUUUGACAAGGAACUAAAAGAUAUGCUCCAUCAUUUCACUUUUAGGAAAUCAUGACGACAAAUACCUUAGGUUAGGUAUAAAUAUUUUUAGCAAGGUGUACCUAGAAUAACACGUGCCUACGGAAUUUUCACUGUAUCGUUAAUUAGGUAUGUUACAAAAUUUUGUUGGUUAUAUACAAUUGUACCUUGUUACGUUGACAUAAAGUGCAUUGUUGACUUACUGCUGUGAGAUUAGAUCUGUGUUCAACUAUCCCGAAGGGACACGAAUCAAAGAAUUGUUGUUAUUUGUUUGUAGAAUUAAAAUUAUAUUUUGUGUAUAAAAUUGUUAUCAAAUAAAUGUUUUUGUUUGAA